GUAGGUGCAAGCCAAUAAGGCUGGCGCUGUGCCUUGAGGCCCGGGGCUCGGCCCUCGGGACUGUCAGAGGGUUAAAGAUGGAGCCGAGGGAGAGAGGGCGCCACGAGGUGCUGAGGUGCGGGGUUGUCCAGAUAUGACGGGCCGCCGCCUACCAGGAUCUUCCACUAAGCUUCACCUUGUCCCCCUGGUGAGAACAAGAGGUGUCUGUCCACAAAGAAAGAUUGGUGAGUCCAUGUCUGGAGGCUGAUGCAGGAAGAUUGUCUCAGAUUUGAAGCUGUCUGAAGAAUCAAAAUAAAACAAAACUAGGAACUCCAGGACCUUGCGGAGAGAAACAGAUGUUCUUUGUAUGGAAGAGGCAGCAUCGGCCCACCACCAGCAGUCCAUUUCCAAUGGAAGUCCUGGAUGAAUUCGACAACGAAUUCCCCCUGAGUGUGACCUUCUGCCAGCUCAUUUCCGAGGAUGACUUCGAGCGGCAAGCAGCGACCUACACAGAGCGUGCGCUGCGACGCCUCUUCCGCACCUUGGAUCGCAACCCAGCACUGGCGGAGAGAGUCGUGCGGAAGGGCAAGCAGACUGAGUUCGAGCAGCGCGGGUUCCUCUCCAGCCUCUGGGCGAAGUUUGUCAGCACUGUGCAGGGGGAUCUAAACCAGUGCAAUAACAUGGGUGCCAUAGAGAUGCAUCGGCGCCUGGAGCAGCUGAAGAGGCGCAUACACCGUGUGCAUCUGUAUUCCCAGGAUGCCAAGAAGAGGAGGAGGAGGCCGAAACCAAAGAAACCAGAUCCCAUCUUUCGAGAUCAGUCAACCUCCGCAUGCCUGCCACCAGCUCUAUUACCACCACCACUGCUGCCGCCACCGCCACAACCUGUCACCACCGUGGCCUCUGUAGUGGCUGCAUCACCCUCUGUCUACACCAUGCCCCGGGUCUUUGGCCCUUUCCCUCCACUGUCUGGCAAGCCGAUGGAGAAACUGGAUAUUUCAAGUUCGGAAGUGAAACUAAACUGGAGUGGUCUUUCAUCAACGUCAAAGAGCCACAUGGUUGAUCUGACCCCGUUGGUUCUCAAUCCCGGAGGCUUCCAUUUCUCAUAUUUGGCAGGAAGCAGUGCACACAAGCUCCAUUGUCCUGGCUUUCCCUGGACGCCAGCCUGUAGCCGACCCUCCAACACUGAUGAGACACCAUCUCCUGUUGUGAAAACCUCCAUCUUCACUCCGCCUGUACUGCUCAAGUUCCAGCCUGUGCCCAGACCCAAUGAUGAUUCAGAGAAUGACGCUGGCAGCGCAGAGUCCACUCCUGCCAAGGAGAGCCAAUAAUCUCUUCCCAACAGACCAUGCCCCAGGACUGAAUAAAGUUCAUCCUGGUGUUGA